AUGGCAGAACCCAGAGCACUCGAAACUUCACUCAAUCAGCUUUCUCUGCACCCGCAACCAUCGAAAGCAUCUGCAGCGUUCAAGAAGAAGCAACCUGUUGCCGAAUCCUGGGAUGACGAGGAGCUGGACUCUGGAGAGGAUACGGACAGACCACUCUCUCCUCAGCAGUCAGCGGACCUUCCGGACGCACCACCACCUACCCCAAUUUCACCAUCUACAUCGUUCGCAAGAGAGACAUUUAUAAUCCCAUUUGGAUAUGACAUAGACGGCGCGAGUGAUGUUAGGAGCGAGCGGACAAACGUGAGACCGGAGAAAACGGAUGCUGUUGCGAAGAGAAUGAUAGCCGGUGCACUUGGGGUAAAGGCAACGAAGAAGACCGAAGAACAGAAAGCUUAUGAUAGAGCCAUCAAAGAGAAGGAAAUCAAGAGAAGGAACCAAGAAAAAGAAGCUGCGGCCAGAGCCAAGGAAGAGGCCGAGAGAGCAAAGGCUGCUGUUUGGGACGAUUAG